UAGUUACCGCGUGCCUUAAUUUUUUUUUCUUGCUAAACUUGCUAAACCACCAUUUUGGCCCUUCGAAAAUUUUCCCAAAUUGCAUGUUGUUUUAUUUGCUUUAGCUGAAAGGUAAGGAGUACGUAGUUACGUAUCGUUGGCCACAUGUAGCUUUUUUAGUUUUUCCCUUCUUCUAGGCAUUCCCCUUUGUUUCUUUCCUCCCACGUGCCGUACCUAAACCAGCCAGGAACUGUCUCGUGGGAAACGGUUGUAACUAUGACAAAGGGCUUUGCCUGCUUCCUCCCCCCCCCCUGGUCAUCACGACAGAAAUACCUAUAAUAACUCCAUAUCCUCUUUCCAUUCCCGUGAAAACACGUUUGCUUUUUGACCCUUAUCCUUAAAUACCUACCUAGUAACAAAGGCGUAAAACCCAUAUUACUCGCGUAACCUACAUAUCUCGCUGCUAAACAUCCAAUACCUUGAUACUUGCCUACCUACUCAUCACCGCCCACCAUGCCCAACUUCACCAUCACCGAGCCCCACCCCACCGUCCACCAGAACGCAUACGUGCACUCGGGCCGCGGCGGCGCAGGCAACUACUUCCGCGCGCCCGCCACCACGCCGCCCUCCGGCAUCCCCACGCAGCCCCUGACCAGCACCACCACGCUCAAACCCUCCCCCUCCACCACCACCACCUCCGCGUCAUCAUCGCGAUACCACUCAGGCCGCGGCGGAGCCGGCAACGCGCACGUGUCCUCCGCGAAGCCGGUCCUCUCGUUCGACGAGGAGUUCGCGCACCAGACGAACAUCGAGCAGAAGCCCGUCGGGUACGUGGGGCGCGGCGGCGCGGGAAACGUGUACGGCGCCGGCAGCGGCGACAACAACAGCAACAACAACGGGACCCGCAAAAGCAGCGAUGCGUCGAGCCAGCACAGCGCCAGCAGCGCCGGCAGCCUGACGAACAUCUGGAGCCGCCUGAGCCACCACCGCCGCUGAGAAGCCUGGGAGCCCGUGAUGGGGCGGGCGGCUAAACGGCCAAUGGCCAAUCAUCAAACGAUCAUCAUCCUGAACGAUGACAAACGCACUCCGUAUUAUAUCAUGAUUUGACACAUCAUCUUCUUCUUCUUCUCCACCCCUAUUUUUUUUUUUUUUUUUUUUUACUUUUUGCUUUUUUGAGGGUUUGCAGCCACUGGGUUUAUACAGACAGCACGGCGCAUCGGAGUUGUUCAUGGGGCUUCUCAUAGGUAACUACUUACGCCUAGUUAUGUAUAUGAGUCGAAAGAAUCGGAAAAGCAAAAAGACACAUAAAAAAAAAAAACUUUUGAAGUAGUAGUUCUCUACCUUAGGUACUCAGGAGAUCAAAAGAGUUUCGGGGCCUCAGAAGCAAACCAACCAGAGCGACAGAGAUAACUAGGUUAGAGAGUUGGGGAAACCCCCAAAUCAGGUCUCGACGCGCCC